AUUCUAUCAUAAUUCUAUUUCGUAAACAGAUUUUUAUGACUUUCUUGAUCAAUCUUUCAACUAUUGGCAUCAUUAUUCGUUGUGGACUUCAAAAUGGACCUAAAUUUUGUGCAAGCUGAUAACAGCAAUCUACCUAAGGUUGACGCAUUAAUGGUAGCAUUUUUCUUCAAAAAUAAUGCGGACUACUAUGCUGCGGAACUCAAACAUGUGAAAACAACAAUGUUUGGAAGGGAGUCCUACGGAGACGAUGCAAUUGGCUAUGUGCAGCUGCACCGGGAGCAUGGACUUUGCACACUUAGUGCAAAAUGUGCCCAGAGCACAAAGUGA